AUGAAUUCAGAGAACAGACCAAUGUUUUCAUCUAGACCCAUUUCACUCCCAAAACUUCCCACGCACACUCUUUCUUACCCACACCAACCUCUUCCGACCGACCGUCAACCAUUGAGACCUUUACAUCUCCCUUUCAACUUACCACAACAUUCAUCCCGACAUUUAUCACCUAUCAAACAUAUCCAACCUCCUGUCUAUCUUCCAUCUCCUACCCCUACUCCCGUGUCCAUAUCCGACACGAACACCACCCUUACUCCUACUCAUACACAGUCAAACUUGACCCCAUCACCCACUCAGACUUCCGGAUCAUCAACAAACACCUCUACAUCCAUCCUCACCCCUCAUACCACAGAUCUUAAAGGGACCAAACAUCUCAAUGAAGGUGGAGGAAUCAAAAGGGAUGAAAGUAUAUUAAAGUUAUAUGGACUACAACCGCCCGUCGUUUAUCCUGGUACUUACCCAGAAGAUUUCAUAAGACAUUCUUCUGGAGUGUAUGAGAAAAUCAAAGGACCGGAGGAAAAAGUAAAAAGAUCUUUGAAUCCUUGGGAUUAUACGGAUGAAAGUGAAGGUACAGAGGGAGUCCAGAGAAAACCAAGGAGAGCUUUUAGUGAAAGUGAAUUGGAAUUUUUAGAAGUUUUAUGGACUAUUUCAAGUUUUCCUAAUAAAUAUGAUCGUCAACGCGUUGGAGCUUGGUUGGGGGUAGCUACUAGACAUAUAAACGUUUGGUUCCAAAAUCGUCGACAAGAACUGAAGAAUAUCCAAAACAGGAAUCCCAGACCAUCCUGCCCUACAACCAACCCCGAACAAUCCACAUCCUCAUCAAGACGUAGACAUGUAGACGAAACGACAGUCACACCGUCCCGAAUCGAUUAUCUCAAACGUAUCCUUCGUGGAGAUUACACACGAGACCGUUAUUUCACCGCUGCAGGCAUUAUCACUCAAACCAUCUCUCCAUCACAUCCUCGAAUGUCUAUCGAUAAACUCAUCACAAUCAAUUCAACAUCUUCAUCUCAAAUAUCAACCGGAUCAUCUAGAGGAUCAAGUGUCCCAAUAGAUAUCGAUUCUCGGAAACGUACCAAGGAAUCUGAAUUAGGUGAAGAAGAGAGGAAAAGGAAUGAACAUCUGAUUUCCUUGAUGAAAAGUUCACCUCCGGAUAGAGAAGAAUGUUUCGUUUCCAGUCAACAAAUGAAUAUAAGGGUUUCACAAGAUAACAAUCGGCAGGGAUCUUCUUUGGAUGGUGAUUCUUUACUUUUGACACGUCCGUCUUUUGGGAGAGCGACAUCACAUGAUUUAAUAAUCUCUAGUCAAAGGGCGAAACAAUUGUUAGGUCGUCGGAAUAGGUUCGAAGAUAUCUUUUCACUUAAACCCGUAUCAUCUGUCAAACGCGAUUCAUCCGUAUCGGCGGAACAAUCAAGUAAGAGGGUACGAACCGUUUCACAAGUCCCGAUGGUGAGAGCAUAUUCCACGACCAGAAUAUCAUUAGAAAGACGUCGUUCGGAUCUUCGACAAACACCUCCAGAAUCGACAGAUGACUCUUGUGAUGAAAGGGCAGGAAUGAAGGAAAGAGGAGAAGGAGAAGAUGAAUGGGCAGCUGGAUUGUUGUUGCAUUUUGCGAGCCAAUGA